GCGUCUUUUACCGUAUACACAAAUCAAGCUCUCAUCUUCCUGUUUUCUUUUUGAGAGUCGCUCUUCCCGGCAGUCAUCAAUACACAUCGGCCAUUAUGUCUUCUGUUAUAGGAAGCAUGGCCUCAUCUCUCCAGUUUUACAUUGACCAGCAUCCCUUCCCUACCCUGCUCACUGUGGCCGCCGUCCUUAACCUCCUAUGGUAUUACCUUGUUGUUGAUCGUCGCCCUUUGGUGUAUGGUGGACGAGGUGGCCUCAAGGACUAUCUACUAACUCACUGUCCUGUUCUAUCCCAGUCCUAUAGACCCACGAUAUGGGCCUGGCAUUAUCACGGGACUACAAUUAUCAGAGCUUUAUUCCAGCAGUGCAUUCCGAUCGAGUUUGACAGGGAGAUUGUUACUUUGCCUGAUGGUGGAGAACUUGCCCUCGAUUGGAGCAAGCAGAAGAAAGAUGAUUCCGCCAUGUUGCAACAUAAACCUGUAAUGCUGAUCGUACCAGGAAUAACAGGUGAUUCUUCGCUGAACUAUGUAUCACACUUUGUUCAUGAUGGCCUUUAUCAAGGCUACCACUGCGUUGUCUUCAAUCACAGAGGAAUGGCUAACAUGCCGCUUAAAUCCCCUCGACUAGUUGCAGUGACUAACGAAGACAUUGAAGCUGUUCUUGAUGUUAUACAGACCCGUUAUCCUCUUGUACCAAUUGUUGCCAUUGGUGUCUCCCUUGGAAGUAUGAUUUUAACCAAGUAUCUAAACAGUGCUGGGUCUGAGAGCAAGAUCAAUGCUUGUGUGGCCUUCUCUGCAUGCUGGAACAUUGAGGACACGAUACCAACUCUUGAAGGAGUUUGGAUCAACAGGAAAGUGUAUGUGGAGACUCUGGUAGAUGGACUAAAGGACAUUGUUCAAAAGAAUGCUGCCAUAAUUUCUCAAAAUCCUAAUGUUGAUAUUUCAAGAGUUUUAAGGACAAGGCGAUUGAGUGACUUUAAUAAAGAGAUGACAGUUCCAACCUGGGGAUUUGAAUCAGUACAACAGUACCACAGGCAGUGCAGUAUAGACACACAGCUGAGUGAUAUCCAAGUACCAUAUCUUGCUGUAUCGUCAAUGGAUGAUCCUUUUGCUCCAGCACACACUAUCCCAAUUUUAGAAUUUGAAUCGAAUCCUAACACAGUUCUACUCUUAACGCGUCAUGGUGGACACUUUGGGUUUAUAGAGGGUGUCUAUCCAAGAGGAAGGUCUUGGAUGAAUAAAAUUGUCUCUCAGUUUCUUGUGGCCAUGAAAACAAAACAAGGACAGCAAUAAUGAAAAUGGACUUUAGUGUUUAUUACUAAAAUUACUUAGUAUUAUUACCUCUCAAUUGCAAGUAGAUUAUUAUCAUGUAGCACUUUUUAAAAAUCCAAUUUAGUAACCCAUUGGUAGAUGUUGUUUCAUUUCCUCUUUCCUUAUGGUGAUAUAUUGCAUUACUAA